AUGGCCGGCCAGGAUAAUGACCAGGUAGCCGUACUCGCCUGGCACAAAAACAAACACCGGAGGGUUCAAGAUCCCGACCGACAAUUGAGAGAGAAGGAGUCUGAGCUAGAGCAAAUCCGAGUACGAAGACAGCAGCAUGAAGCAAGAAUCAAGGCACGAGAGCAAAAAGGGCUAGUCUUCGACGACGAAGCAACUACUCAGGCUGAAUUGCGCUUCAGGUACUCCACACUUCAUCAGAAGUUCUCGGACAAGCUGGAGGGUCCGUCAUCCCUAUUUCUCUCUAUAUAUGCUAUUUUGAGAGCGCAAACGGAUGAGCACACGCGUGUGUGCUCCCUGAGCUAUCCCGAGUUCCUACAGUCUACAAGCAUUUCAGACCUUAUAUACACAAUUGAGCGGUGCAACGAGUUCUUGGACGUGGUCGUACAGCUCUCGGACAAAGAUGAGGAGGCUCAGUAUUGGAAUAAUGCCAAAUUAAGCAUUGCGGGAGAAAUAAGAGAGAGGCAACACGCCCCCUAUAGUCUGUUGGAGCCAAAAGUUCAGCAAGAAUUGCGGAGUAUGCUGAAAAUGUCCAAACUAGCGGAUGUGAUGGAUAUGCAGCGAAUGGUCGCCCUGCAACUGCACUAUGCAUCCGCCGAUGAUGAUAUCGACAUUGACUAUUGGGAAGAGGUGGAGAAAAAGUUACCCUGGUUUUAUGCUGUGGUCUAUGUACGAGAGAAGCAGGAUGCACUCAUUGCGUCGGGCGUUCCAUUGGAAGAACCCCUCUUGGCAAAGGCAGGUGGCGAAAAGCUCUCGGAAGAGGACCAGAAAACGGCAGAGGCUAUUGCUGCUGCGGACAUUGAUGUCGAACAACGCGGAUCAAUGGAGGAUCCCAAUGCGGCAUUUGAUCGCAUGGUUUUACGGGAGAGAGCGCAGGAGACUGACACAAACAAUAUUCUUGAAGGCGGGUCGUUUCAGACGUGGCAACCGGGGGUUGCUGGUGUGCUGACUAAGCCACGGUACUUUAGUCGAAUCAAGACUGCACACGAAUGGCACAAGUACAACCAGAUGCAUUACGACAUGAAUAAUCCUCCUCCAAAGGCAAUUCAAGGGUACCGAUUUCUCAUCUGUUAUCCCAACCUCCCUACGGGGGUCAAACCAGCCUGGCGUCUGGAGCAAGACCCCUCAGCAACGCAGAUAGACAUCGCAACUGCAGAUACUUCAAACACUGUCCUCAUUAGGUUUUCGGCCCCUUCAUACAAGGAUGUCGUGUUCCGGAUUGUGCGAAGAGAGUGGGAUGCCACCCCUCGUAACGGGUUCAAAAACCUGUACGAGAACGGCAUUCUCGUUUUAUCGUUUGUAUUCAAGCGCAACAGGUACAGGAAAUAA